UGACUCUCCAAUGCCAGUUACAUCCCGUGUAUGCUUUGUGAAGUUCCAGGAGCCAGAGUCCGUUGGAGUGUCUCAACAUCUGACUAACACUGUUUUUGUGGACAGAGCAUUGAUUGUGGUCCCAUUCGCUGAAGUAGCGAAGCCGCCAACGUGAGUCGCUUGUUUCAGUCUAUAUGAAAAUUGAGGGCACACCCAACUGGAGAAGCAGCUGUGCUUGCUAACGUUUGGUUCAUGACUUAAAAAACACGUUCAGGUGAUUCUUGGCAGUGUUCCUUGGAGUAGUGUGGUAUAUUCCAGCAAUAGAUAUGUCACUGCAAUGAUUAAGUUGAAUUAUGGGAUCUCUUCUCAGAUCUGUAAGGUAACCAUUUUGUUGAAACUAAUUUGAAGAAAUGCAGUGUGAAGACUUUUUUCCUCUGCUCAGUUACUUGAUAUGCACACAAAGAUGUUGUUCUCUUCUAAUGCCUGUUUUUAUUUUCCUGUAGGCUCUAUCCCAGAUGAGACUAAAGCUUUGUCACUGCUGGCGCCAGCAAAUGCUGUUGCAGGAAUCCUGCCAGGAGGAGGACUUCUUCCAACACCCAAUCCGAUCUCCAGCCCACCUCUUGGAGGGAAUCCUUUCGGUCCAAACAUGGAUGCAUUGGCUGCAUUUGGAUUUCAAGGACCUAACAUGAAUCCACAGGCGGCUGAUCAGUUCUUAAAGUUUAUGACCGAUCCAAAACUGAACCCCCUGGCUGCAGGCUUAAGCCUGAAUCCAGGCCUGAAGGCUGACGCAUCAAAUAAAGAAAUCGAAGAGGCCAUGAAGAGAGUCAGAGAGGCACAGUCGCUUAUUUCUGCUGCAAUUGAACCUGGAAACAAGGACGGCAAAAAGAAACGCUCUCGGUCGAGAUCCAGGUCCAGGAGGAGGAGGUCCAGAUCCCGUUCAAGACAUAGACGGACAAGGAGUAGAUCAAGGAGACGAUCAAGUUCUAGAAGCAAAAGGCGCUCCAGAAGUCCACGGCGGAGAGGUGCUCACUCGAGGGAUCAAGGCCGGCGAUCUCGCAGCAGAUCCAGAGACAGGAAGAAAGAUGACUCUGGAAGGAGACGAUCCAAAACGCCACCCAAGAGCUACAGCACAGCCAGGAGGUCCCGUAGUGUGACCCGGAGACACAGAAGAAGUCGCAGCACCAGCCGGUCUCCAAAGAAGUCUCCUAAAAGAAGCCCCAGGUCUCCAUCUCCUCGAAGACACAAGAAGGAGAAGAGAAGGGAUAAGGACAGGGACAGAGACCGCAGGAGUGAUAAAGACCGCAGCCGCGAUGAAAGUGAGCACUCCUCCAGUAAGAAAAAAAGAAGUAAAGACAAAGAACGAGAGCGGGAGCGGGACAGGAAAUCAGAUGGAGAGAAAGAUGUAAAGAUCACCAGGGAUUAUGACGAAGAAGAACAAGGUUACGACAGCGAGAAAGAGCGAGAGGAAAGGAAGGAUUCAGACGACUCCAUGUCCCCUCGAUCAGUGGAAGGCAACGGCACUGGCCGGACGGUGAAAGUGACCAAAGUUAACGGCUCUGAUGAUCACCACGAAGAGGACAUGGAUGUCAGCGAUUAAAUAUGCCGUCCCUUUUUGUGUAUCUACCUUCAUUUUUACCUAGUUCUGGUUGUGAACAUGUUGUGUAAUCCUUACAAGGGUAAAUCUACAAUGUGAAGUGUACUUAAAAUGCAUCAGUCUUGCAGAAGGGUGGUUCUGUGUAACAAAUGACGGUGAAGGACUUUUAAGUUAUUUUGCCUAGGGUUUGCCCAUUGACAGUGUCACUUCGCUUUUUAAUGGCUGUAGGCUCUUUUCCUUUACAAAUUUAAUUUGUUAAAACUGGAAAUAAGCUUGCGUUGAAUUUCCUGAGCUGAUUGUCAGAUUUUGUUCUUUAUAUAUUGUACCUUUACAUUUGAGCGUUGUCGUGUGUCCCCUGGCUUCUCUCACCACUGUGAUAGUUACAUUUGCUUCUUGAAAGUGUUGUUUUAUUGGGGGUUUCUUUUAUAAUAAAUCAUAUUUAGAACCAAAAUUUAGAAAUCA